AAUGCAUCAGCCAACACACUCGAGUCCUUCGAACAAUCGCCACGCGGCAUUUUAAUGGCAACCGCCGCCGCCGCCGCUGCUGCUACUGCUGCUGCUGCACCGCUAGUCAACGACACCGACACGGAAUCGGAACUGACUGAUGCAGCUCACUUGGAGCUCUACAACAGCAUCAACACUUUUAAUAGCACGGAUGAUACGGCGGUGCAUCGAAAUGUUUGUGCGCAUCCCGAGUAUAUCAUUUUCACUUGGGUGCUGUGCCUCGUUUCGCUGGCGACAGCGCUAAAGCUCUACUAUCUCAUUAAAACUUUACUCGCUAUGGCUAUGGUCGGCUGCUAUAUGAUCUUAAUAUUGACACUAUUCCAAGCGCUCUACUCGUCAUCAGCUGCGAGUUUCGAUUAUCUACGCAUGGCCAUGCCACUGGAUGUGCAGAUGCUUAUACUGCUGUGCUCGUUCUUGAUUAUGGUCGGCUAUCAUGCGCGCCUGGUAGAGGUCACUUCGCGUUUGGAUUUCAUUUGGAAGGAGCAAGCUGAGCGUGAAUUAAUGAAUAUGAAAUCGAAUCGUGCACUUAACGACACAUUAAUUAAGAACAUUUUGCCAGAUCAUGUUGCUGCCUAUUAUCUCUCCGAUGAACACACAGACGAAUUGUAUUCGAAAAACCAUGCACUUUGUGGGGUUAUGUUUGCUUCUAUACCCAAUUUUCAGGAUUUCUAUUCGGAGGACAUCGACAAUGGCAAGGCAUGCAUACGGAUAUUGAAUGAGAUUAUAUGCGACUUCGACGAACUCCUGGAAGAACCCCGCUUUGCGUCCAUUGAGAAAAUCAAGACUGUUGGCGCCACCUACAUGGCCGCUUCCGGUCUAAAUUCAGCACAUUUGAAUGCACGCGGGGAGACAGCGGAAGACAGCGUUUGCGAUUUGGUUGAGUUUGCCUUUGCCAUGAAACAGAAGUUGGAGGAAAUCAACAAGGAAGCAUUCAACAACUUUCAGUUGCGCGUGGGCAUCUGUAGCGGUCCGUUGGUGAGCGGUGUAAUUGGCGCGCGCAAGCCCGUCUAUGACAUCUGGGGCAAUACGGUGAACGUGGCCUCACGUAUGGACUCCACCGGCGAGAAUUGGCGCAUACAAGUGCCUACCAAAACUUCAGAGCUGCUAAAGGGCAAGGGAUACACGUGUGUGAAACGCGGCGAGAUAAAUGUAAAGGGCAAAGGCCUAAUGGUCACGUACUUUGUGCAUCCUAGAGGCGCCAAUGAAAGUCAAUUAUCGUCACCGGUGCGACUGCCGGCGGGUGUGCCAUUAUCGCAGACGCCCAACUUACAGCGCCAGACAUCGCAUCAUGGCUCCUUCAGCGCUGUGGUGUUCGGCAUGUUGCAGGCAUCGAAACGUAGCACAACCAUAGCAGGCACACCGACUGGCACUCCCUCACCGCAAAUAAGACGUGGUCGUCGUGGUAGUACCUUCAGUUCAGUGCGUCUAUCGCAAAAGUCUACCACCACCAACAAUCCGGUGAGGCGGAAUACAACACGAGUGCGUGGUCGCUCAUAUCGACAGAAGAAGAGCUCGUCCAACAACUCGAUAGUAACACAGACCAGUAAUUCGUACAUUUCGUCGUUUCGACGCAUCGAUCAGAUUGAGACGACGCUGUCCAAAAGUCACAAUGAUGCUUUAUAGCCAAUGCGCAAUUGGGUGUAAGUCGACGCACCUGCGCAAGGCGACCAAUUUUAAUUUACUACUAAAUACUACUACUACUAUGUGCACACUUAUUUAUUAUGCGAGUAUAUUAGCUAUAACUAUUUACAUAUAAAAAAAAUUAGUUUAGUAAAGAUAUUUACGUACAAAGAAUAUCACUUUUUCGAAAGAUAAAAAAAGUUUGACAAGCACUUCCCAGUGAUCCCUUUGGUGUAAACUGAUUUCAAUUAAGCAAAAAAAGCAUU